UACGAAUUUGAAAUAUGGGUGGACUUUCCCUUUAGAUUGGGUACCCGUUUCAAACGUUUGCCCACCCAUAACCAAAAAACGGAAAGAAAGGUUGUGGAAGGGGCAGCCUCUGUGGGUGUCCCUAAUAUAAUUUCAUAUCACUUCCUUCGUCGCUCGUCCUCUUUACCCCCAGUCACUCCCCGCAGCCGCAGCAGCAGCAGCAGCAGCAGCAGCAAACUGCAAACCAUACGCUCAAAGCAGCUUGUGGAAAGGGCCACCGCCGUCGCCCAAGCCACCGUUUUCUUCUGGGUUUCCCGUCUCCGUCCAACGCUACCAUUCUCCACCCUCCGUUCCCUCACGAUGGACGCGACCGCCGAGGAUACCCUCCGCAGAGCUCUUUCCGAGAAGCAAUCUGCAAUUGAUGCUCAAGGCAGCGCCGUCCGCGCCCUUAAAGAUUCUAAAGCCGAUCAGUCCCAAAUCGACGCCGCAGUCGACGCCCUCAAUGCCUUGAAGCUCGACAAGUCCUCAAUCGAGAAGAAGCUGCAAGCCGCCGUUACCGGCGGCAGCCCCUCCGACGGCUCUCUUGGUAGGGAGGCCUUCCGUCAUGCCGUCGGUAAUACCCUCGAACGACGCUUGUUCUACAUCCCUUCUUUCAAGAUUUACAGAGGCGUUGCUGGGCUCUACGAUUAUGGCCCUCCUGGUUGCUCUGUUAAGUCCAAUGUUCUCUCUUUUUGGCGCCAGCAUUUUGUGUUGGAGGAGAACAUGUUGGAAGUGGACUGCCCGUGCGUGACGCCUGAGGCUGUUCUCAAAGCUUCUGGUCAUGUGGAUAAAUUCACAGAUCUCAUGGUCAAAGAUGACUAUGGAAAUUGCUAUAGAGCUGACCACUUGCUUAAGGACUUUUGCAAUGAGAAGCUUCAGAAAGAUCUUACAAUAACUGCUGAGAAGUCCAAGGAACUGAAGCAUGUACUUGCUAUGUUGGAUGAUUUCUCCUCUGAACAACUUGGUGCGAAGAUCAAGGAAUAUGGCAUUACAGCUCCUGACACUAAGAAUCCACUCUCUGAUCCCUACCCAUUCAACUUGAUGUUUCAAACCUCCAUUGGACCAUCUGGGUUGAUCCGUGGCUAUAUGCGCCCCGAAACAGCACAAGGUAUAUUUGUUAAUUUCAAGGAUCUUUACUACUACAACGGGAACAAACUGCCAUUCGCUGCUGCUCAAAUUGGUCAGGCGUUCAGAAAUGAGAUUUCUCCUCGACAAGGCCUGUUGAGAGUUCGUGAGUUUACAUUGGCAGAGAUCGAGCAUUUUGUUGAUCCUGAAGACAAGUCUCAUCCUAAAUAUCCGGAAGUUGAGAAUCUAGAGUUCUUGAUGUUCCCGAGGGAAGAACAGAUGUCUGGACAAUCUGCAAAGGUUAUCCGGCUUGGUGAUGCUGUUUCAAAGGGCAUCGUGAAUAACGAAACUCUUGGAUAUUUCAUUGGUCGAGUGUAUCUUUUCCUAACUCGACUUGGCAUAGACAAGGAACGAUUACGAUUCCGGCAGCAUCUGGCAAAUGAAAUGGCACAUUAUGCUGCAGACUGUUGGGAUGCAGAGAUUGAGUGCUCUUAUGGUUGGAUUGAGUGUGUUGGUAUUGCAGAUAGGUCUGCAUAUGACUUGCGUGCUCAUACGGAAAAUAGUAAAGUUGCACUUGUUGCCUCUGAGAAAUUUGCUGAACCUAAGGAAGUUGAGAAACUGGUGAUUACACCUGUAAAGAAGGAGCUUGGUCUUGCAUUUAAGGCCGAUCAGAGGAAUAUCGUUGAAGCUUUAGAGGCAAUGAAGGAAAAAGAGGCUAUUGAGAUGAAGUCCUCUCUGGAGAGCAAAGGCGAGGUGGAAUUUUUUGUCUGCACUCUAGGCAAAACUAUGACCAUCAAGAAAAACAUGGUUUCAAUUUCUAAGGAGAAGCGGAAGGAGCAUCAACGAGUUUUCACACCAUCAGUCAUCGAGCCGUCCUUCGGAAUUGGAAGGAUCAUAUAUUGCCUUUUCGAACACUGCUUCUAUACUAGGCCUAGUAAAGCUGGGGAUGAGCAGUUGAAUGUGUUCCGGUUUCCACCUCUUGUGGCACCCAUCAAGUGCACUGUUUUCCCGCUAGUACAAAAUAAAAAGUACGAGGAGGUUGCUACAGCCAUUUCCAGGUCAUUGACUGCUGCUAAAAUCUCUCACAAGAUUGAUGUUACAGGUACCUCAAUUGGGAAACGAUAUGCUAGAACCGAUGAACUGGGUGUACCCUUUGCAAUUACUGUUGAUUCAACAACUUCAGUGACAGUCCGAGAAAGAGACAGCAAAGAUCAGAUUCGAGUGAAUGUGGAAGAGUUGGCAGCAGUGAUGCGAUUGGUAACCGAGGGACAAAGUACAUGGGCUGAUGUUUGGUCACGUUUUCCUCAUCACUCAGCUGGAUCGACGGAGGAGUCAGAUGAUCGUUGCUAGCUUUAACUCAGCUCGUUGGCCGAUUAAUUUGCUUUAUAAAACUUUCAUCUUGUCGUCAUUGUGCUUUCUGGUUUUUUUCAGGCCAUGAUAAAAUCUAAGGAAAUCAAGAACGAACAACACGAUUUGGGAUAGGAACCGCCGUUGUCGUAUCCCUAGAAAAUGGUGGUAAACACGCACUCACCUGCCAAACUGGUUUGGAUUGAGAUUUUUAUCGGGUAUCAGGGAACCAUGUGAUAAUAAAUUAGACUUGAUCAA